GACAUUUUUGUCCAAGUGGACGUGCCGUACAAGUUCUGUUGGAGAUCCGUAAACGUGGUGAUCCAGGCACUUCAUCAAACAACUCUCUGGAUUAGUCGUGAAGCUACUGAAGCCUCGACGCAGUAUUUUAAUGAAUAUCAUCCAAGAAUUCUCCGUGUCUGGCAUUUUUCGUCUCGUUGCGCGGUGGAGAUUCUCGGGCUAGCUUGUUAGCUUGUUAGCCGCUAACGAAGAGACGCGUUUGACACAUCGCUUACGAUCAAGUGUGAGUGUGAAUUGUUGUUAUUAUCGUGAGAAAAUGUGUGCGACGAUGACUGCAGAGUACGUGGGGGAACUUAAUGGAGCAAAAGAGGACGACGAGCUGCAACGACUGGACGCUCUUUUGAAGAGGCCUCCAGUUCCGAUACACAGAGCGGAUGUCAGUGAAGAAACUCUUUGUCCUGAGCUGCUGGGGCCAGAGCACCUCCACAUCAAAGAGGAAAAAGAGGAUGAAGAAGGCUUCCACCCUGAAGAGGAAGAACAGCCCAAGACAACCGACAUUAAAGAGGAGGACGAGUCUUGGACUUCCCAAAUGGAUUGGGAAGAAGAGCCAGGGCACUCUUUCAUGAAAGAGGAAGACCAAGAGGCUGAUAUCACCCAAUUCCCAUUGACUGUCAUUGUCAAGAGUGAAGAUAAUGAUGAUGCUGUAGAAAGUGAUGGAGAUCACUGUGGAAGAUCCCAAUUAGACUGCCUCUCAGCGCCGCCACAAAAUAGUGAUGACGCAACGUCACACAAUCCUCAGACUGAUGAUGACAAUGAUGAAAAUGAACAUGCUAGAGGUGAUAUGACCUGUCACACUGACAACAAGAGCUGGAAAUGCCCUGAGUGUGGCAAAAGCUAUAUUUCAAAGUAUACUUUGAAAGUACACAUGAGAAUACACAGUGGAGAGAAAAAAUUUGCCUGCACAGUUUGCGGCAGAAGAUUCCAUAUGAAGACCGAUCUAAUAAGGCACAUAAGAACACACACUGGAGAGAAACCUUUUGUCUGCUCAGUUUGUGGCCAAAGAUUCUCUUUCAGCAUAAGUUUAAUCAGGCACAAAAGAACACACACUGGGGAAAAACCGUUUUCUUGCUCCAUGUGCGCUAAAAGAUUCUCUGAAAAGGGACAUUUAAGAACACACACUCGAACACACACUGGAGAGAAACCCUUUGCCUGCCCAGUGUGUGGACAGAGAUUCUCUGUCAAGGCAAGUUUAAUUAACCAUACAAAAAUACACACUGGAGAGAAAUCUUUUGUCUGCUCUGUUUGUGGUCAAAGAUUCUCCACAAAGGAACGUUUAAUUCGACAUAUGGGAGCACACACGGAAGCUAAACCCUUUGCUUGCUCCGUUUGUGGUCAAAGAUUCACUCUGAAGGCAGAUUCUGUAAGGCACAUGAGAAUACACACCGGGGAGAGGCAGUUCUCCUGCUCGGUUUGUGGUAAAAGAUUUGCUCAGAAGGGACAUUUAGGAAGACACGCCAGGACACACACUGGUGAAAAACCAUUCGGUUGCCGUGUUUGUGAUAAAAGAUUCUCUCGUAAAGAUAAUGUGAAGAAACACAAGUGUGCUGGCGAGGCGAGCAGCACUCAAUGAGGAUUUCAAUCUCCGGGCUGAAGAAAUUGGCUUUGUGGUAAGCUGUACAAAUGUACCACUGAGCGACGACUCCUUGGUGAAUUGGCCCUCUUUUCACUCAAGCAGACAAAUGUACUGGUCGUUGUCUAUGAAUCACUCAUUGGCAAAACAUCAGUCUAUCUUCGCUCUCUGUUCACCACGGAUACCACCACCCCUGUUCUCCGUUUUAAACUUCAUACCACCUCACCUCAUUUAUUCUAAUGUUAAGAUAAGAAAUCCUUUGUUAGUCUCGCAAUGGAGAAAUACCCAAUUCACAGC